UCCCCCUCAAACUGCGCAAACCCUCUGAUUAUUGGUGGCCUUAAACACCACAGCGGUAUCUUAACAUAAUAAUACACAUCAUACACGUUUUGACACUCACCUCGCUCCCCUAUGUAGACCCACAGCCGACUCCACCUAUAUCUAUAAACGAUCAAGCAAACGAGUACCUACCAACAAAAAAGCCAUGUCGGUUAGCGCGGAAGAAGAAGCGAGGCUUCGGAGAUUUAAUUUUACAAGAAUCUUAAAUCAAGACACGGGAACCAAAACGGUAAACCUUCUGGGCGAAAUCGAGUCCACUCCUGCAAUCCUGAUUGCUGAGAAAACGGCCUUCAAUGUCACUGGCGCUCACCUUACUAAAUUCUCCCAUGACCUCCAUCUCCCAAAAGUCACCUUAAUAGCACGAAAUGACAUAUACCACUCGUUCAUGGCCUCACAGAAUUCCGAGUAUGGAGAAGUGAAGCUAACCCUUAUAUUUCCCGCCACCGAAACUCAUAUCCAGAAAUAUACGCAUCAGCAGUUGAGGAUGGUCGUCGAGACCCCCGAGAUUUAUAGGGAACUAGUCAAGCCCUAUGUUGAGGAGAAGCGCGGUAGUGGGAGGUUAGAUUGGGUGCAUAACAUCCUCGAGCAUAAAGCUGAGAAAGAGAGCAUUAUUGUUGAGGAUACGGACGAUGUAGAGGGGUUUAUUCUCUUACCGGAUCUGAAGUGGGAUCGGAAGACCAUGGCGAGUAUGUACACUAUGGCGAUAGUGCGUCGUCGUGACAUCACCUCAAUCCGGGACCUGAAGAAGAUGCAUGUUCCGUGGCUGAAGAACCUGAGAAGGAGAAUUCCUGAGGUGAUUUGCGAGAAGUAUAGUGGCAUUGAGCCAGAUCAGAUCAAGCUUUAUGUUCACUACCAACCCUCAUACUAUCACUUCCACCUGCAUGCUAUCUCCAUCUCUCAUGAUAGCGGGAUCGGUCAGGCAACUGGCAAAGCUAUCUUGUUGGGCAACAUAAUCAGCAGGUUGGAGAGCUUGGGCGGUGACGAAGAGGCCGGUAUGGAAAGCGUUGAGUUGACGUAUUUUCUUGGGGAGGAGAGCGAGUUGUGGCAGAGGGUUUUUAAGGGAAUCAAUGGGAAAGGGAAGGCUAAGGAAUAGGGUGGUUGGUUCGUUUUUGCUAGAGUUCGGGAAUUUGACGGUUUGCGUAUCAUUGUUACAAGGAACGCCAUUUCUAGCAUGAUCAGGGCAAGCGAAAUGGAUAUAUCAUAGUACAGUAGAUAAACUAUUGC